GACCCCCCCGCCGUCACCGCCCGGCCUGCACCCGCCGUCCCCCCAGUGCCUGGGCACCUGUUGGAGGCACGGACACAGGGUGCUGCAUGAGGGGCCGCAGGGGCGACCGCAUGACUGUCAACAUCCAGGAGCACAUGGCCAUCAACGUGUGCCCUGGACCCAUCCGGCCCAUCCGCCAGAUCUCUGACUACUUUCCCCGCCGGGGACCUGGACCCGAAGGGGGCGGUGGGGGCUGUGGAGAGGCCCCGGCUCAUCUGGCCCCUCUGGCUCUGGCCCCCCCAGUGGCACUCCUUGGGGCCACCACGCCCGAGGAUGGAGCUGAGGUGGACAGCUAUGACUCAGACGAUACCACCGCCCUGGGCACCCUGGAGUUCGACCUUCUCUAUGACCAGGCCUCCUGCACGCUGCACUGUAGCAUCCUCAGGGCCAAGGGCCUCAAGCCCAUGGAUUUCAAUGGCCUAGCCGACCCCUAUGUCAAGCUGCACCUGCUGCCCGGAGCCUGCAAGGCCAAUAAGUUAAAAACGAAGACUCAGAGGAACACCCUGAACCCCGUGUGGAACGAGGACCUGACAUACAGUGGCAUCACGGAUGAUGACAUCACUCACAAGGUGCUCAGGAUCUCUGUCUGUGAUGAAGACAAGUUGAGCCACAAUGAGUUUAUUGGGGAGAUCCGAGUGCCCCUCCGCCGCCUGAAGCCUUCACAGAAGAAGCACUUUAACAUCUGCCUUGAGCGCCAGGUCCCGCUGGCUUCACCCUCUUCCAUGUCAGCGGCGCUGAGGGGCAUCUCCUGUUAUCUGAAGGAGCUCGAACAGGCGGAGCAGGGGCCUGGGCUGCUGGAGGAGCGUGGACGCAUCCUGCUGCGCCUCAGCUACAGCUCUCGGCGCCGGGGGCUGCUGGUGGGCAUCGUUCGCUGUGCCCACCUGGCCGCCAUGGACGUCAACGGCUACUCUGACCCCUACGUCAAGACGUACCUGAGACCAGAUGUGGAUAAGAAAUCCAAGCACAAAACCUGUGUGAAGAAGAAGACUCUAAACCCAGAAUUUAAUGAGGAGUUCUUCUAUGAGAUAGAGCUCUCCAGUCUGGCCACCAAGACCCUGGAAGUCACAGUGUGGGACUACGACAUUGGCAAAUCCAACGACUUCAUUGGUGGCGUGUCCCUGGGGCCAGGGGCCCGCGGAGAGGCCAGGAAGCACUGGAGCGACUGUCUGCAGCAGCCGGACACAGCCCUGGAGCGCUGGCACACCCUGACCAGCGAGCUGCCCCCAGCGGCCGGAGCUUUCCCCUCGGCCUGAGUGGACAGCACCUGCCCAGCACAGGCCCUUGCGGCCAGGUCCAGUACCCAGCCUUCGCACGAGUGUGUUGCACGUUUACACGGGGUGGGAUGCCCCUACCCCGCACUACCUGUCUUAUUUUUGUGAGAGUCUCCGUGACCGUGGGUCUGUCUUCUCGUGAAGGACUGUGGAGAUCUAUAUUCACAUAUGCAAACUUCCUCCUGCCUGACUUGCUAUUCCACGCAAAUAUGCAAACUCCCACCUCUGCACACCUGCCGGAGCUGUCAGAGCAGCCCCAGC